AGCCCGCCGAACCGCGCGAUCGCGAUGAUGAACCGGACGACCCCAGACCAGGAGCAGACGCCGGCGACCGAGCCCGUGUGGGAGCGGCCCUGGUCGGUGGAGGAGAUCCGCAGGAGCAGCCAGAGCUGGUCACUGGCGGCCGACGCCGGCCUACUACAGUUUCUCCAGGAAUUCUCACAGCAGACUAUCUCUAGGACCCAUGAAAUCAAGAAACAAGUGGAUGGACUAAUUCGAGAAACGAAAGCCACAGAUUGUCGCCUGCAUAAUGUCUUCAAUGACUUCCUUAUGCUGUCUAAUACACAGUUCAUUGAGAAUCGUGUAUACGAUGAAGAAGUCGAGGAGCCGGUACUCAAGGCUGAGUCAGAAAAAACAGAACAGGAGAAGACCCGGGAACAGAAAGAGGUAGAUCUCAUUCCUAAAGUCCAAGAGGCUGUGAACUAUGGCUUACAAGUAUUGGACAGUGCAUUUGAGCAACUUGAUAUCAAAGCGGGAAACUCAGACUCUGAAGAAGAUGAUGCUAAUGAGAGGAUGGAACUGAUCCUUGAACCAAAGGAUCUAUACAUUGACCGUCCUUUACCCUAUCUGAUUGGGUCAAAGCUGUUCAUGGAGCAAGAAGAUGUAGGUCUUGGAGAGCUGUCUAGUGAAGAAGGUUCUGUAGGCAGUGAUCGUGGCAGUAUUGUGGACAGUGAAGAAGAGAAAGAGGAAGAGGAGUCAGAUGAAGAUUUUGCCAAUCACAGUGACAAUGAUCAAAACCGGCACACCACACAGAUGAGUGAUGAAGAAGAAGAUGAUGAUGGCUGUGACCUUUUUGCUGACUCUGAGAAGGAAGAGGAAGAUAUGGAGGGCAUCGAAGAAAAUACUAGACCUAAAAGAAGUAGACCUACAUCUUUUGCUGAUGAACUGGCCGCUCGGAUCAAAGGGGACGUGGCGAGCCGAAUAGAAGAGGAGCAGACAGGAGAAGCAAAAUCUCAGAAGACACUGAAAGAGAAGAAGGAAAGAACUCCUUCAGAUGAUGAAGAGGAUAACUUAUUCGCACCCCCUAAGCUGACUGACGAGGACUUCUCCCCAUUUGGCUCUAGAGUUGGCCUGUUCAGUGGAGGCAAGGGACUUUUUGAUGAUGAGGAGGAGGAGAGUGACCUCUUCACGGAAGCUCCUCAGGAACGGCAAACUCCAGCUUCCGGUAAUGAAGAGUCUUCAUCCUCCAAACCUGGAAAGAAAAUCCCAGCAGGAGCUGUUUCUGUAUUUUUAGGGGACACUGAUGUGUUUGGUGCUGCUUCUGCUCCAUCACUGAAGGAACCCCAGAAGCCUGAGCAGCCCACUCCAGGGAAGAGCCCCUACCUCCCAGCUCCUGCUGGCCUUUUUGAUGAUGAUGAUGACGACGAUGACUUUUUCACAGCAUCCUGCAGCAAACCUUCCAAAACAGGUAAAGUCCAAUCCACUGCUAGUAUAUUUGAUGAGGAAGAAGGAGAUCUGUUCAAAGAAAAAUCAGGGGCAUUGCAAAAAGCUACUGUGAAUCAGACAGAAGAAAGUAAAGAAAGAGCAGAAAAAAAGGUUACCCUACCUUCCAGCAAAAAUCUCAAACCUUCGUCAGAAACAAAGACUCAGAAAGGCUUAUUUUCAGAUGAGGAGGACUCCGAGGACUUGUUUUCUUUUCAAAAUGAGAGUAAGGUAAAAGGUGCAUCUCUGCCAUCUAGCAAGCACCCCACGACGGUCUCCCUGUUUGAUGAUGAAGAUGAAGAGGAUAAUCUUUUUGGGGCUACGGUUGCUAAGAAACGGACAUCGUCUCUACAAACACAGAGUCAAGAGAAAGCAAAACCCUCUGAGCUCUCCAAAAAGAAAGCAUCUGCCUUGUUGUUCAGCAGUGAUGAGGAGGACCAGUGGAAUAUUACUGAUUCACAGACCAGCUCAGCAUCUGACAGCAGGUCAAAAGAAGAACUCACGGAUUCUGGGACCAUCCGGGGCCAAGAGGCCAAGGCUGUGAAAAAGACCAGUCUUUUUGAGGAAGAGGAUGAAGAUGAUCUGUUUGCUAUUGCUAAGGACAGCCAAAAGAAGACCCAGAGAAUGUCUCUCCUCUUUGAAGAUGAUGCUGAUAGUGGAAGCUCUCUGUUUGACUCUCCUCCCACAUCUGUUACUCCUGCAACAACGAAAAAAGAGACUGUACCACCUUUGCUGUUCAGUGAUGAAGAAGAAAAGGAGACACCAGUUGAAGUGAAAUCUGUAGAUAAAAAGGUUGAAAGUGCCAAAGAAUCAUCAGAAUUUGGGAGAACUGAUGUGACUGAGGGGUCAGAAAAGGAUGGACAUUUGACUAGAUCUGCUCAGGAAGCAGUCAAGCAUUCUGAUUUAUUUUCUUCAUCAUCCCCAUUGGACAAAGGAACCAAGGGUAGAACCAAAACUGUUCUUAGUUUGUUUGAUGAGGAAGAGGAUAAAACGGAAGAUCGAAACAGCAUCCAGGCUCCACAGAAAGAAGUAGGAAAGGACCACGAUUCUGAUGCCCGCCCCAAGAGCACGGGUGUCUUCCAGGAUGAGGAGCUCCUUUUUAGCCAUAAACUCCAAAAGGACAAUGACCCAGAUGUUGACCUUUUUGCUGGCACCAAAAAAACUAAGUUGUUAGAGCCCAGUGUUGGGAGCCUGUUUGGGGAUGAUGAAGAUGAUGAUCUUUUCAGCUCUGCCAAGUCCCAGCCUCUGGUACCAGAAAAAAAGAGAGUAGUGAAAAAAGACCACUCUGUUUCUUCUUUUAAAAACCAGAAACAUCCUGAAUCCACUCAAGGUAGCAAAGAAAAAAGCUUAUGGAAGCCGGAAACACCUCAGGACUCAUCAGGUCUCGUGCCAUUUAAAACCAAAGAACCAUCCUCUCGGAUCGGGAAAAUACAAGCAAAUUUAGCGAUCAACCCAGCGGCCUUGCUUCCUACAGCGGCUCCCCAGAUCUCUGGAGUAAAGCCUGGUUCAGCAGAAUUGGCUUUUUCUUCAUCUGAACCCAGAAGGAGCCACGGUCUGGAAAGUAUGCCCACUCUUCCUGGGAAUGGGGAGGCCGGCGUGAGUUUCGAUCUUCCAGCUCAGGCAGACACCUUACAUAGUGCAAACAAGAGCCGUGUCAAAAUGAGAGGGAAGCGUAGACCACAGACUCGUGCGGCUAGGCGGCUGGCUGCCCAGGAGUCCAGCGAUGCUGAAGACAUGAGUGUCCCCAGAGGACCCUUUGCACAACUGGCAGAUGGUGCUAAUUCUCCUGAUGACCGUCAGCCACAGCUCAGAACAGCCAGUAGAGAAGACAGCUGUGAGGAGGCCAUUGCAGCUGCCACUCCACUUUGGGAAGGCAGUGCUGUGUCUGGAAUAGACAGAAGCCCCUUUGCAAAGUCUCUGGGUCAAUCCAGAGAUGAGGCUGACCUCUUUGAUUCUGAGGACAUUUUUUCUAAGAGCACUGGAUCUCAAUCCUUGGAGAGAACAAAAACCAAGGCAAAGGCAGCAGAGGCCCAUGCCAACCAACUAGGGGGAAGUAAAGAAAAGAACCCCAUGUUUUCUGCUCUAGGUGAGGCAGGCAGUGAUGAUGAUCUCUUUCAGUCUGUUAAACCAAAGCCAGCAAAGAAAACAAAUACCUUUUCUCUCCUGGAAGACGAGGAUGACCUGUUUACAGAUCAGAAAGUCAAGGAGUCAAAAUCCAACAGUCAUCAGGAUAUCAGAUCAAAAACACAAGACAUUUUUGAGGAUGAUAUAUUUGCUACAGAAGCAAUUAAACCCUCUCAGAAAACAAGAGAGAAGGAGAAAACUUUGGAACCCAACUUAUUUGAUGAUAACAUUGAUAUCUUUGCUGAUCUAACUGUAAAACCAAAAGAAAAGUCUAAAAAGAAAGUGGAAACGAAGUCAAUAUUUGAUGAUGAUAUGGAUGAUAUCUUCUCCUCUGGUACCCAGGCUAAGACAACCAAACCAAAAAGCCGAUCUGCACAGGCUGCACCUGAACCAAGAUCUGAACACAAGGUGUCCAAUAUAUUUGAUGAUCCCCUGAAUGCCUUUGGAGGUCAAUAGAACAUACAAGGUGUUCAUAUUUUACCCUUCGGCUACAUCCUUGAGUUAGUGAUGCUGUCUUAUACGCUCAUGGUCUUGUAACUGGAUUACAAAAAGCAAAUACUGAAACAGCUAGCUCACCUUUUACCCAGUGUACUUAGUAUUUUUCUGCACUGAUUUUAAUCAUGCUUAAUACUACAAAACAAAAAUAAAUGUUUUACAGUGAUUGGUUGGUUUGUUUUGAUUGAAUACAGUACAAUUUAUGGCAUGUUAGAGAAGAAAUCUGUUUGUGGCUUUCAUGAGUGGGUAGGGAAUCUCAGAAGUAGCAAAUGUCACACAGAUGACCAGCAGUCUUCGUUUUGUGGAUGGGAAACCUUAGGGCCUGGACAGGUGAGAGAGAAAGAGGAGCGAUUAUGAGUCUUAACCAUGUAAGAAGAGGUUUCCACUGAUUCCACUGAAUUCUGAAGAUGCCUCUGCAAGUCCUGUAAGACAACGUUUGGCAAACUAUGGCCUCCACUGUCUGAUGUUGUAAAUAAAGUUUCAUUGUAACAUAA